AUGGCGAAAAUCUGCACUGAAGAGUCGUACCCAACGCGCCACAGGCUAUCAGUUCGAGCCUUGGAUGAUGAAGUGGACCAAACUGAUAAUGGUGCCAGCAGGAUACACUCUAUAUGUGACGACACUACCUCUGACAUGCAAGGAAUCAAUUCCACAGCAACCAGUCAGCUUCAGGAGUCUCGCAGAAGCUCGUUUACAGGUUCUGGGGCCAUGGCCAGGCUCUCCCACUUCCUGUUUAUGCUGCGGAACUGGGCAUCACACAGACUGCAGCGUGAGGUCGAGCGGCCCGACUCCUUCUUAGAGCGAUUCCGUGGGCCCGAGCUCAAAGAUAUUUCAAGCCGUGGCAGCUAUGCCCACUCCUCCAUAGGGCACCCUGACAGGCCUCAUAAGAGGAAAAAUACCCGUCAAUGGCCACUAGCUGUGUACAAUGUGAACAACUGCAACAACACAGAUGACAAAAAAGAGGAAAAAAAGAAAGAUGAGAAAAAAGAGGAAGAGAAAAAAGAUGGAGGCAAGGAGGAGAAAAAGGAAGAGAAAAAGGAUGAAAAGAAGGAUGAGAAAAAGGAUGAAAAGAAGGAUGAGAAAAAAGAUGACAAGAAGGACGAUAAGAAGGAUGAUAAAAAGAAAGAAGAGCCACCGAAAGAAGUGUGGAUCAUGGACCCAGCCGCAGACACAUAUUAUCGAUGGCUCACAGUAAUAGCAGCGCCAGUAUUUUACAACCUGAUGAUGAUCGUAACAAGGGCUUGUUUCAAUGAGCUACAGUCCACAUACACUGUCCUGUGGAUCAUUCUGGACUACACCUCAGAUGCUAUCUACUACACAGACACAUUUGUAAGAUCAAGAACAGGUUUCCUGGAGCAAGGCCUUCUGGUUAAAGAUGGCAAGAAGUUGAUGGACCACUACAGAACAACCUCACAGUUCAAAUAUGACAUUAUGUCAAUGAUUCCAACUGAUAUUUUAAUGCUGAAAGUGGGAUACAACAACCCAGAACUGCGGUUCAAUCGCCUUUUUAAAAUGGCAAGGCUCUUUGAGUUCUUUGACCGCACAGAGACCAGAACAAACUAUCCUAAUAUUUUUCGUAUCAGCAACCUUGUACUUUACAUCUUGAUCAUUAUCCACUGGAACGCCUGCAUCUUCUACGCCAUUUCUAAAACCAUCGGCUUCGGCACAGACACGUGGGUGUACCCCAACAUUAGCCAUCCUGAAUACGGACGCCUGGCUAGAAAAUACAUCUACUGUCUGUACUGGUCCACUCUCACCCUAACCACCAUUGGAGAAACCCCCCCUCCUGUCAGAGAUGUUGAGUAUCUGUUUGUCGUUGCUGACUUCCUCAUUGGAGUGCUGAUUUUUGCUACUAUCGUCGGUAACGUUGGUGCCAUGAUCUCCAACAUGAACGCCUCCCGCGCUGAGUUUCAGGCCAAGAUAGACUCCAUCAAGCAAUACAUGCAGUUCCGUAAAGUCUCCAAAGACCUGGAGGCCAGGGUCAUCAAGUGGUUUGACUACCUCUGGACGGAAAAGAAAACCUGUGACGAAAAGGAGGUUUUAAAGAACCUUCCAGACAAGCUUAAGGCUGAGAUUGCCAUCAAUGUCCAUCUGGAUACGCUGAAGAAGGUGCGGAUUUUCCAGGAUUGUGAAGCUGGACUGCUUAUUGAGUUGGUACUGAAACUGCAGCCUCAAGUGUUCAGCCCUGGAGACUACAUCUGUAAGAAGGGGGACAUUGGAAGAGAGAUGUACAUCAUAAAGGAAGGGAAGCUUGCUGUGGUGGCUGAUGAUGGCGUUACACAGUUCGUAGUACUCAGUGAUGGAGCUUACUUUGGAGAAAUCAGUAUCCUCGGCAUCAAGGGCAGUAAAGCUGGGAACAGACGGACGGCUAACAUCCGGAGCGUGGGCUACUCCGACCUUUUCGCCCUCUCCAAAGACGACCUCAUGGAAGCGCUUACAGAGUAUCCCGAGGCCAAAAAGGCCCUGGAGGAGAAAGGGAGGGCCAUCUUGAUGAAAGACAACCUGAUAGACGAAGCAGUGGCCAACGCAGGAGCUGACCCCAAAGACCUGGAGGAAAAGAUUUUGCGGCUGGAGAGCAAUCUUGACGUCAUGUCCAGCAAGUUUGGCAAACUCAUGGCAGAAUACACAUCCUACCAGAGCAAGAUCAAGCAAAGGCUCUCCAACAUGGAGAGCAAAGUGAAAACACUGCGGGCAGAAGAUCUGUCAGAAGUGGUCGAAGACAAAAAGGAAGAAGAGAAGAAAACAAAAUAG